CAGCAAAUCCCCAAUCCCCAUUCUACUCGCUCGUUCCGUACACGACACUGCCACUGCGGGCCUGCGGAACUGCCCUCGCCGCCGCCGCCGCCAUGGACUCGCUGCCCUCGCUCCCGCCAGCCACCCUCCCCUGGCCGGACCUCCUCGCGGGCGCGGCGUCCUCCGCCCGCCGCCUUGUCGCCGCCCACUCCCGCCACUUCCUCGCGCUCUCCUCGCUCCUCCUGCUCCCGCUCGCCCUCCUCCUCGCCCUCCCCUGCCCCUUCCUCCCCGCCUCCGCCUCCUCCCCAGCCGCGCCCUCCGUCUCGCUCCGGGCCCCUCCGGAUCCGCAGCGGGACCCGCUGGCCGUCCCGCUCCCGGCUGUCGCCCUCGCCGCCGCGCUCCUCUACCUCGCCGCCUUCGCCGCCGCCGCCGCCAGCGCGCACGCGGGCUUCUUCGGCCGCCCUGUCAGGCUCCUCGCCUCGCUCCGCUCCGUGCCGGCCUCCCUCACCCGCCUCGUCGUCACCGCACUCCCGGCCUCCCCGCUCGCGCUCCUCCCCCUGCUCCCGCUACCCGCCCCACUCCGCGCUGCGCUCCCCAUCCUCGGCGCUGUCCUCCUAUCCCCAUUCUGGUCCCUUGCCGGCGCCGCCGCCGUGGUCGAAUCUACCGCCGGUUUCCGCCCGCUCCGCCGCAGCUGCCAGCUGCUCUGGGGGGCGCGCCUCGCCGCUCUCUUCGCUUUCCUGAUCUUCGCCGCCGGAUUCGGCGUCACGCUCUGGGGGUUCGGCGGGGUGGCCGCGGAGACGUACGACGCUGCCGCUGGGUGGGCUGCCAUGGCGCCCGUAGUCGUCAAGGCGGUGGCUGGCACAGCGCUGCUUGCCGUGAUGAUGCUGUACGGGAUGGUGGCCAAUAUUGUGCUGUACAUGCACUGCCGCGCGCUGCACGGGGAGCUCGCUGGGGAGAUCUACAACGAGUUCGCGGACAUGUAUGUCUUCCUGCCCUUUGAUGAUGGCAAGGAUCGACAUGUCAUCUCGGUGGUAACUGUCUGGCCGUGAUUGGUUUCAGUGGGAGCAACCAGUCAAGCUUUUCAUCGGGUCUGCAUCUCUGUUCUUAUGUGCAUAUGUGUUUGUUUAAAUUUGCCAAUAGAUCGAAUACUGUACUAUUAGUUAAGAUAGCCUUGCCUUUUGGUUUUGUACUGCAAAUAGAAAAGGAUUUGACAAAUAUAUAUACAUAUAUACCACUACAUUAAUGUGAAUUGAAUGAAAACUGGCCAUUUGUAAUUUUGCAUCAUUAGUUGUAGGUUGGCUACAACAUUGGUGGUAUAAGACUGGUAUAGUACAGCGCAGUACUAGGGCGAGCUUUUCUCAGUUAGACAUUAACCGCCAUCCUUAGCAUUGAACUAAAAGUUAGAACUGCAUAUCUAAAUUUCUCCACAGGUCAUCCUUAUACAUGUUGGUUUGUGGCUGUCAUGAAAAAAAAGUAUGGGCUAUUGAUUUGUGUAGUUUUUCAUCAGCUGCCUGGUAAGGCAACUACAGUGUGCAUUGUUAGAAUAAAACUAUCCUUCUACAUUUGGUACCUUAUUAUGCCUUGGAAUAACAUCUUGGUACUAUUUUUGAUACAUCUUCUAUGAGUUGGAGGAUACUUUAUAUUGACAUAAUUAUCAUGUAGAGAAGAUAGAACAAACUGGACAAGAGGCUCCAAUUAUUUUUGUUCAGUUACCAUAUCUUCAGUAAUUGGACAUAAAGGAUCAAAUACUUGUGUUAGUCAUUUGAAGAUUCACCCUGUAGUGGAAAAGUUUGUAACUUUAUUCUUCUGUUUAUUCCAUAACAAUUCAUUUGAUGGAUAUUAUAGUAGCACACUCAACGGUAAGAUGAAAAUAGGUGGCAUAUGGAAUAAACCUUAACUGUGUUUGUUAGCAUGAUGUGUAGAUUUUCUCCAGGAAACAAGAAAGGUGUAUGUGGUGAUAUUCUUUUCUUACAAGGUCGUAAGAAGUUUUCAUGGUAUUUGCUAUUAUUGGAAAUGCAAUUGGAGUGCACUGCAUCACUGACAAUGUAAUUUGCAUUAGUUGUAGAACUGAAAAAAAAAUGCUGGCACCCUCUCUGAAAGUAAAUGCUGCUCUAGUGUAUUAGUUGUUUGGCGUUUUAUUAGGUACCUUGCAUACUAGGUUUACGUAGCAGUGGUGGAAUAAGGUUAUAUUUGAAUUGGAGAAAUUGUUUGUCCUGCUUGUCAAAAGACUUUUGAGUUUUCAUGCUUGACAUAAUCUUUAGAAUGCUUUUGUUUUUUAAAAUUAUUCUGUUCUGACAGUACAUUAUUGGAAAGAAACAUUACUGAUAUUUACUCCCUCUGACCU